AUGAGGGCGUGUUGCCAGUGCCACCAGAGCACGCUGCGCGAAAUGCUGCCGCUGCCGGCCCUGCCGCGGCCGGACCGGCCCCCCCCGCAGCACCUCGCCCACCGUCUGCGUGAGCUGCUCGGCGCGUUGAGCGCCACAGCAGCGACGAUCGCGGCAGGGAACUUGACGAGCACGCCGGCGCACCGCUCGCGCGCCGCCGCGGCCUGCGUCGUGUUCGCGGUCGAGCCCGCCGUGACGCGCCCCGCAGAGGUCGGGAGCGCGGAGACGCCCGCGGCGCCCGCUUCUCGGAUCGUCGCGCUGUGUCUCGACCAGGUGGCAGCGCUGACACCGAUGGUGCGCGGCGCGGUGCGGGCUGCGACGGAGGCCGCAUGCGCCGUCGAGACCGAGAUCCUGCGCUCUGUGCUCGCCGCCGAGGGGCCUGCGGGGCGCCCGGCGGACUGA